AUGCUGACGCUAACACUGGUGCAGCGCUCCGACAUCGGCGCAGCUGUGGCGUCCGCGAUGCACAAGGGCUACGUCUCCAAGCGCCAAAACAGCAGCGGCGCCUACUACACGGCGCGUCCUCGCACGAAGACCGCGUCACUUCCGGCGCUGAGGCAUCCUGUCUCCACCCCUAGCAAGGCACAGCUGAAGGAGUUCAGGCGUUUCUACGAGGCAGUCACACGCUCGAGAGAGGCGACGAGUCUGCCGCCUACGCCGCUUGGUCAUGGCGGCAGCGAGCGUAUCCUCAACAACGAGCUCCUGCACCAAUGUCCGUGGCAGGCGAGCUGCGUGGAACUGCGGGAGCGCGCCGUAGAGACAGCGCGGAAGGUGCUAAGUUACGGCAACGUUGACUUUGCGAGCCUGCGCAAGCAGUCGCGCCGCAACGCCGCCGCGUCCGCUGGGACGAGGAAGCCCACUAGCUCAUCGCCGUAUGGCUCCUACUCGAACGUGGAGGACAUGCUUGACAAGUCCAGCGGAGACUCGGUGCAGCAGCAGCAGCAGGGUCCCGGGCUCGACGUCGUCCACUACUACGAGACUUCCACCUCAGAAGGCUUGGCCGGGUAUCAGCAGAUUGCGAUGCAGGUGCGCAAGGGGAAGCUUCCCGGGUCCUGCACCAACUUUUCGGCCGAGGGCGGGUUCGCCGUGUGGGUUGUGCCACACAACGAAUACAUAGAGACUCUGAGCGCGAUGGGCUACCUCCCCGAGUAA